GUGAGGGCGAGAUAGCAUCGGCCAUUGGAUCUCGCAGGCAGACGGACACGGCACGACUCGCACGACGCGCGACUCGACUCGACUAGCAAGGGACUAGUCCGCUGACGCCUCAGGCAGUCAGAUGGGAUGAAGAUCACGCUGGUCGAGUACAGGCCAGUCGCAGUCUGGGCAUGGGAGCUCGGCAAAGCGACUUCAGGCGUCCAACGACGUACCUCAAACGCCUCUGUCGACCACUCUGCCUCGAUCUUGUUUUCCUCCACCAACAAGGCUGCCCCGGACGGAGACGACAGAGAAGAGGACGAGGAGGAAGACGUGUGCGGUAUCUGUCGAGCUCCGUUUGAUGGCUGCUGCCAGGACUGCAAGCGUCCCGGCGACGAAUGUCCACUCAUGUGGGGAGAAUGUUCGCAUGUCUUCCAUAUGCAUUGCAUACUCAAGUGGCUCAGCACGGACCAGUCCAAGAAGCAGUGUCCCAUGGACCGCACCACUUGGGUGACGGCAAGCAACCCUGGAGCGCUGCCCAUCGUGCGUUCAGAUCCUCCUUUGGCAGAUCUUGAAGCUGCCAAUCGAGAGAAUGAGGUGCCUAUGCAAGAUCGCUUGACCGCGCCGCGAGACAUGCCAACAGCGGUGCACCUACAGCGCGCACACUCUGCUUGAACAUCGCCGUUGAUGCAGUAACGGCCCAGCACGUGCGCAUGCGAGCGGGUACAUAUAUGCAAUACAUUGGGGCAGUAUUCGCGAU